AUGACCGCGUUGCGAUGGGGAAUGCUCGGAACGAGCUUCAUCUCCGAUGUCGUCGCCCGCUCCAUCCUCGCCAGUCAAAACUCCACCAUCGCCGCCGUUUUUGGCCGCAAUGAAGCUCGCCUAACCGCAUUCGCCGACAAACAUGGCAUUGCAGAGCGAUACACUUCCAUUGAUGAGCUGCUUGACAAGGCUGAGAUAGACGUCGUGUACGUCGGUCUGCCGAAUCAUAUGCACACCCCCGCAGUUCUGGCGGCGGCUAAGCGAGGCAAGGCGAUCUUGUCUGAGAAGUCGCUUGCGACGACGAUGGAGGAUGCGAGAGCAAUUGAGAAAUCCGUGAAAGAUGCGGGUGUGUUCUUUCUGGAGGGACUUAUGUACCUUACUCACCCGUUGAUGAAGAAGACCCAGGAAUUGCUGCUUGAGGGCAAGAUUGGGACGGUGAAAGGCGUAUCGGGAUAUUACUCUGCCAAUAUUUGGAAGAAGGCGAAUCCUCUGAGCAUGGGGACAAUUUACAACCUGGGAUGCUAUCCGGUAUCACUGCUGCACUUCGUCAUUGAGACGGCGUUUGGCAGCGAUGCAUUCGCAAAGCGUCAACUACACGGCUUCGGCAAUAUCUCAACAGAAGGCAGUAUCCAUGUCCGCGACGCAUCACUGACAGUCCGUUUCGACAACGGCGUUCUUGCGAGCUUGCAGUCAACUGACAGCUACGGCAACGACUCAUCUUUCGCUAUUCUCGGAGACAAAGGCAGGAUCAGGUUCAUCACGAACCCUUGGCUGCCGGUUGCAGGGGACAACAUCAUCGAGAUCAAAACCUACGGUGGUUCAACGGAGCAAAUCAUCGUACCAGCAGACAUGGACGCGUUUGGAUAUCAGGUGAAGAAGGUGGAAGAGUAUUUAUCUCGCGGCGUUAAAGCAGCAGAACGGCCUUCGCCGAAUGUUGAUCAGAGUGUUGAGAUCAUGGGGCUUUUGACGGAGUGGGAGGCAUUGAUUCAGAGUCAGCAUGAAUAA